UGAGCCAGUAAGAAGAGGGUGCACGUUGAACUUUGAGUUGCACUGAAGAAGGUUGGAGUGAUGCACCUGCCUGCUAGAUCAACCACUGUGGGAAUUGUACUGAUCGCCACUGUGUGCUCCAGUAUUAUUGCUUUAGUUUUGGUGCUGGCGCAACACUACACUGUGGAACUGCCCCAUGAAAUCCAGUAUGGGAUGGUUUUCGAUGCUGGAUCCUCUCACACCGCUCUCUUCAUAUAUAAAUGGCCCGGAGGCAAACAGAACAACACUGGCAUUGUGUCACAACUGAGGGUGUGCGACGUGGAAGGAGGUGGUAUAUCCAGCUACAAGAACGACCCCCCUGCUGCAGGUCGUAGUCUUCAAGAGUGUUUAGACAUUGCUAAAGCUGUGAUACCCACCAGGAAACAGCGCGGUGUCCCAGUGUACCUGGGAGCUACCGCAGGCAUGAGGCUACUCAGGCUACAAGACAAAAGUUCUACAGAUCAGAUUAUGAAGGAGGUAUCCAAAACAAUAAAGAGCUAUCCAUUUGACUUCCGAGGCGCACAGAUCCUCUCUGGCAUGGAGGAAGGAGCUUAUGGCUGGGUCACCAUCAACUAUUUACUGGAGGGUUUCAUAAAGUACACGUUUGAUGGAGAGUGGGUCACUCCGAAAGGGGGCCGCAUUCUUGGAGCUCUGGACUUGGGAGGGGCCUCCACUCAAAUUGCCUUCACGCCCAAGGAGCCGGUUACGCAGCCUAACUCUGAGGAGAGCCUCCAGCUGUACGGCCAUAAGUAUGGGGUGUACACACACAGCUACCUCUGCUAUGGAAAAGACCAGGCAAUGAGACAGCUCCAGGCAUAUCUAGUUGCGGUGAGUGGAUCCUCUUCCCAAGUUACCCAUCCAUGCUACCACACAGGAUUCAAUCUGACCAUGACCUUGGCUGACCUCUAUGACUCCCCCUGUGUGACCAAGCCAGGGAGUAUUGAUCCUGGCAAACCAGUUACUUUCACUGGCUCAGGUGACCCUGAGCGUUGUCAAAGCCUCAUUCAUAACAUUGUCAAUGUCACAGAAUGUCCCUUCAGCCCCGACUGUGGCUUCAAUGGAGUCUAUCAGCCACCCGUUAAUGGAGAGUACUUUGCAUUCUCAGCUUACUAUUACACCUUUGACUUCCUUGGUUUGGCACCUCAGGCACCCCUACCCAAAGUCACCUCUACCAUCGAGACUUUCUGUCAAAGGACCUGGGGUUCACUUCUGGUGGAUUACCCAAAUGUAAAAGAGAAGUAUCUGAGAGACUACUGUGCCUCAGCUCAGUAUAUCAUGACUAUUCUCGUACAGGGUUACAAGUUCAAUGAAACUUGGGAUAAAAUCUACUUCCACAAAAAGGUGGCAGACACAGACAUUGGCUGGACUCUGGGUUACAUGCUCAACCUGACAAAUAUGGUGGCCCCCACACACCCCCUUGUGGUCACAGGCGUACAGCGCAGCCAGUGGGCAGCAGACGUGUUCUUCAUCGUAUUGGCAUUUUCUCUCAGCCUUGUGCUAAUCAUCGCUCUAAUUUUCUGGCCAAACAAACAAACCUGAACCUGGGCUCAGCAGAAUCAAAUAGUUUGAACUUAUGAAUUUACAUCAUGUAUAUAUUUUACACUUUCAAAGAUACAUUUAAAAUGGCCAUAUUUACUUAUAAAAGAAUGAUAACAAAUAUUUUGUACAAGUGACAUAUUAAAGUGUCUAUGUUUUUUUUUUUUACUGUGCAACAUUCAUUUAAGUCUGGUAAUAAAAGAUUUUUACAUUUUGAAAUGUAA